AUAAAAGCAACAUUCCAUCAACAGGUAUCAUGUUGAGUGGCAAUGAGGUGAGCCAGAUCUUGCUGUCGCUCUCGCUGACGUACUACGGCGGCCAGGGCAAGCGGCCGCUGUGGAUCGCGUGGGGCGUGGCGCUGUCGGCCGCCUCCUGCUUCAUCCUUACGCUGCCGCACUUCGUGUUCGGCGCGGGCAACGACGCGCUCGCCCUCACCGAGGAGUACCUGCAGCACCGCCACUUCAACUACACCGUGUCGCAGAGCGAGCAGGCCAAGCUGUGCUCGUGGAGCCACCCGCCUGACCCGGACUGCCCCCUGGAGACGGACACGGACCUCUCCUGGCUGCCCGCCGGCCUCAUCUUCCUCUCGCAGUUCGUGCUUGGCGUGGGCACCACGCUGUACUUCUCGCUCGGCCAGACCUACCUGGACGACAACACCAAGAAGACCAACACGCCCAUGCUGCUGGGUCUGACCAUGGCGCUGCGAACGGUGGGCCCCGCCGUGGGCUUCGUGCUGGGCUUCGCGUGCCUCAGCCUCUACAUCGACCCCUCGCUCACGCCAGUCAUCACGAAGAAGGACCCCCGGUGGCUGGGCGCCUGGUGGCUCGGUUGGAUCCUGCUCGGCACCACCAUGUUUAUGUUCGCCGGGCUGAUGGCGCUGUUCCCCAAGGACCUCCCGAAGAAGAACCUCAACCGCAACAUCGCGCUGGCCGCGUUACAGGAGGCCAAGGACGCCAAGUCUAAGGACGAGCAGCCGCUCACCAAGGGCAAGACCUUCAACGUGGAGCCCGCCCCCAAGGCCCUGACGGCCUCCGCGGGAAGCCUCGACGAGCGGCCCACGAUCAGCGGCUUCUGGGCAGCACUCAUGCGACUCAUCAAGAACAAGCUGCUGAUCUGCAACAUCUGGUCCGGGAUCUUUUACAUCCUGGGCGGCUCGGCCUACAUCACCUUCAUCACCAAGUACCUCGAGGUACAGUUUGAGCAGUCGUCCGCGAAGGCGUCCGCGGUCACCGCGCCCAUCUCCAUCCUGGCCAUGAUGUCGGGCUUCCUGGUGUCCGGCUUCGUCAUCUCCAAGUUCAAGCCGCGCCCGGUGUACCUGCUCAGCUGGAACGUCCUCGUGGGCUGCAGCUACGUCCUCGCCGAGCUCUCCUUCAUCUUCCUGGGCUGCCCAGAGGUGGCCCUGCAGGGGUACAGGCAGGACUUCAACACCGGCAGGGUGGACAUGUCGAUGCCGUGCAACAGUAACUGCGGCUGCCAGAACAUCAAGUACGACCCGGUCUGCUACGAGCCGCUGGGCCUCACCUUCUACUCGGCCUGUCACGCAGGGUGCACGUCCUCGAUCGUGCAGAACGACAUCAAGAUGUACGAUAAUUGUACGUGUGUGCCGAACGGGCCCGGGGGUGGUAGUCGGGAGCUCUGGAGGGGUCCUGGGCACGACUCUGGCGACCCGAGCCACCAUCACCAGUACUACAGCGUGUCCGGGCAGAACGGGUACAAUCGAAGGGAUUACAACCAGCAGGGGGGCUUCAAUCAAGGAGGUUACAAUCAAGGAGGUUACAACCAAGGGGGGCAAAAUCAAGGAGGUUACAACCAAGGGGGUUACAACCAAGGGGCGCAAAAUCAAGGGGGUUACAACCAAGGAGGUUACAACCAGGGGGGUUACAGUGGCGGUUACAACCCAGGCGGUUACACCCCCAGCUACUCCGCGGGAGGUUACAACCAGGGUGGUUCCACGCCCGGCUGGACGCCCUGGCCCCAGCUGUCCACUCAGUCGGUGCGGGCGGGCACUUGUGACCUGGACUGCAAGAACACGUUCCUUAUCUUCAUCUGCAUCACUACGGUCAUGCACAGCCUUGGCUCCUCGGGGAAGGUCGGCAAUCUGCUCGUGAACUACAGGGCAGUAGAUCCUAGAGACAAGUCUUUUGCCCAAGGGCUAUCACUUUUCCUUAUCAGCAUAUUUGCAUUCAUUCCUGGUCCAAUAUUGUUUGGAGCAAUCAUUGAUUCUACAUGCUUAGUCUGGGAUGAGUCUUGUGGUAGAAAAGGAAAUUGUUGGCUUUACGACAAAUCAAGUUUCCGUCUGUAUCUGAAUUCUACUGCAGCUGCUAUUACUACCAUUGGAGUUAUCCUGGAUGCUUGGGUCUGCUAUUUAGGAAGGGACCUUGAAUUGUAUGUUGAGGAGGACAAAACAAAGUCUCAAGAAAUUACUCCUGCCCCAGAAGAUCUCACACCACAGCAAAAAUAUACAUCAAUAGCUGUAUAGGUAGAAAAUGUGUAAGUGACAAAUUAUAACUGUACGAUUAGUGUAAGUUCAUAUUUUUCUAGUGAAUGAAUGAAAUAGAUGAUGCGCUGUUGAAGAUGUUGGAGAUGAAUUGAAAUUAUGAAGACCUCAACUUUGUUCAUAGUUAAUUUAACAAAUGCCAAAUAUUUCAAGAGUAAUAAUUUACUGUACAUUCUGAUUUUUAUCAAACCAUGGUUUUUUCAUAGGGCAUUCUAGAGUGAACUGUGAUCAACAAUAGUUUAAGUUCACCAGAAUUCCAUUCUCUCUUCUGGUUAAGCACUACUCUAGUCGAAAUAGUAGCGGAUUGUUUAUACAAAUAAUCAAAAUAAUUUCUAAUAAUGAUAUACCAUGAAGCACCUAAAGUGUGAUAUUUAGAAGAAAUUACAAAACCGUCCACAACCAUCAAGUCUUUGUCGCACUUGUGUAUGCUCAUAUUCAAAACAAGAGACUAUAUGUACUGAGGUACUGUUUUACUUAUUUAUGCCAUUAUGAUAACAUGUGCACUUGCUGACUGUACUUCUCCACCCUUACACUCUAUUUGAGAUUGGUACUGUGAGACAAGAAAGACAACCACAAGUGAUCUUUUUGUUCUAGGAAUUUAGGUACCAGUAUUUCUUUAAAAUGAGCUCACUGAUAUUGAUCAAGGUAUGUCAUCUAGUUUGUCAAGUCUUUCUCGGAGUUCAAUGGUCUGAUGCUUCAAUCGGACUUAGAAUUGUGAUAUAUAAUUAUCUUAUUUGUAAAUAAUUUGUAAAAAAGGAGGAACCGGAAGAAAUAUUUUAUUUACCCCAUGUCAAGUGUGUUGCUGUGUCAAUAUAAUUUACGCAUCAUUGUUUUCAA